GGUGCUAAUCUUAACGUCAACAACGCCGUUGGGGACUUCCAAAGCAUACGGCCAGGUACAGGCUCCUGAGUACCGGUCAGAAGGGAUUUCAGAGAUACCAGGCCACCAACACCCUCGCAUCGCCACGUGUUCCGGCGCCCAAGAAACCUCGGAAGAACUUAAUGCGCAUCAAAUUCCUACCUCAUGCAGAGAAGCUGGUUGUGGCAAAACACCCCAAGCACUGACGGUACUUUUGCAUGGUCCAAUGCUCAUAUUGGUACCCCAGCUCUAGAUUCUCCAUGCACGUGCUGGUGUUUCUUUGCUGCACAUUCUACCCUGCUGUCAAAUUCAAAUAACAUGGUAGGAGUUGCCCGUUCGGGCGGGUGCCACACUUGCAGAAGAAGAAGGGUAGGGUGCGACAAGCGUAGACCAACAUGUCAACGAUGUGAAGCGGAUGGCCAACUCUGUCAAGGCUAUCAAAGCUAUGCCGUCUUCAUGAACAGAACACCAGAAGGACUACAGAGGCGCCAGAGACUUGAAGAGGCCAUUUUACCCGGCCAUGUCAUCCCUACAGAACGCGACACCCAUCCUGCGGGAAUGUUACCUUCAAGUAGCAGCGCUUCGGCGACAGCUGUUUCAAUCGCACGAGACUUGGGCAUUGCCGCAGCACGAUCCCAACUCGAUGAUUUCAUGACAAUCUACCAGCCGACAGCCCCGGAAAACAGGACGGGAGCGACACUCGUCUGGCUAAGGGAAGCGUACGGCUAUGCGCAACCGUCCCUACUACUUGAGGUUGCCCGCAAUGCCCUGGCCGCCAACAGAUGUGCAGCGGCCACUGGGGACCCAUCAAUGCAGUAUACCGGGCAUAUGUACUAUGGUCGGGCUCUACAGGCGUUGACCGAGAAACUGAACCAACAAUUUGAGAAUUGUGACAAUCAACUUCUAGCAGCAAUCCGCUGUCUCAUGAUAUAUGAAGCAAGGCGUCUUUGUUGAUUGUCGGCUGUCACCUUACCAACCUAUCAAAGAUCUUUGAUUCAACGGCCGCCUCGGAUCGGCCAACUUCGAAGACAAGACAUCUAUGGCUCUGC